AGUGUGGCAAUUGGCCCCCAUGCCCCAGCAGCCUCACGAUGUGUGGUAUCCAGCUAAAAUGGUCCAGAAGCAACAAGCCUCUGCAACUCAGCGACCGAAGGAACUGACCGCCAUACCCCAGCAAGCAUGGUAUCCAGCUCAAAAGCCCCAGCUGCAGAAGCAACCGGCCGCUGAACCUCAGCAGCAAAUGGCACUGACCGCCAUUCCCCAGCCACCUCGGCAAGUGUGGCAUCCAGCUCAAUUUCCCCAGGAGCAGAAGCAAGCAGCCUCAAUGCCUUUACCACAGAAGCAACCGACCGCCAUGCCCCAGCAAGAGUGGUAUCCAGCUCAAAUGCCCCAACAGCAACUGGCCCCAAUGCUUUUACUGCAGAAACAACCAACAGCUAUACCCCAGCAUGCAUGGUAUCCAGCUCAAAUGCCCCAGCAGCAGAAACAACUGGCCACCAUGCUGCAGAAGCAACCAGCCACCAUGCCCCUGGACGUGUUGCAUCCAGCUCAAAAGUCCCAGCUGCAGAAGCAACCAGCCGCUGAACUUCAUCAGCAAAUUGAACUGACCGCCAUGCCCCAGCCACCUCUGCAAAUGUGGCAUCCAGCUCAAUUUCCACAGAAGCAGACGCAACCAGCCCCCAUCAAUCUACCUCAGAAGGAAUUGACUGGCAUACCCCAACAACUGUGGCAAACGUCCCAACAGCAUAAGCAGCCGGCUGCCAUGCUUCAGCAAGUGUGGCAUCUGGCACAGAAGCAACCGGCCCCUAUGCCCCAGCAGCCUCACGACGUGUGGUAUCCAGCUAAAAUGGUCCAGAAGCACUACAAAAGCACUGAAGAUGGUGCCUCUGGUAGCUCUCAGGCCAGCAUCGUUGAACAGUCGGGUGUCAUCCCAAUCUAUUCCUACAGUUCCAAAUCACACUACGAGAAUGGGAGAACUGUCUUCUCCCAAACCCGCUACACUCCUAGGGAGCCUAUGCUGGUUGACAGUGGAGAUGCUCCCAAGGACAGUUAUGUUGGCAUUGGUGCACCAAGCAUAUAUCCACCACCAGUGAAGGAUUCUGCAAGGAAAAUGUAAUGGAUUCAUCCUCUAGAAGCUCUAAUGGUGAGAAUUGUUUCUGACAUUGGUUACUUAACAUUCUGUGUUGCUGACACUGCAGUUCUUUCUGCUUUUGUUUCAACCAGGAAGUUGCUGGUGCUCUUGCUGCUCUUGCUGCUCUAGCAUGAUGGAAUCAAUAAACAAUUUUACUUUAAAAAAUG